CACUGCUGACCACGCUGACUGGAUCCACACAUUCACAGCACGGCCAUGAGUGAGUGAUGCUACACUUUGUGAUGCUACGGUGGAGCCUCGGCCUGUCAGGGGGAGAAGAGCCGGGAGCUGCUAAGAGCAGGAAGACCUGACAUGCCACUGGAGAUAGGGAAACAAACCUCUGCAACUAUGACUGGAAUCAGCAAACAAUCUGCUGGCCAAGAUGAGAAGAAGAGCAACCUCCCUCAGGACUUUGACAUCGACAUGGAUGACCCUGAGACAGAGAAGGCCGCUGUGGCCAUCCAGUCGCAGUUCAGGAAAUUUCAGAAGAAGAAGCAGGAUGGGAAGUCGUAGAAGGCAACCUGAUGUGGGGAAUCGAACAGCAGCACCAGCGACUCAAAAAGAGUGCUGUACUAAAUACUGUACAGUACUGUAGUAAAUAGAUAGAUAUUAGAACAUUAGAACAAAUAUUGAACAUUCCUAUAUCCAUUGUGCUAGUCCUUUUUCCAUCUUUCUGUAGCAUCAUUAGAUAAACUUUCACGUGUGACUGAAGAUUUACUCGCUUGAGAUUAUUUUAUUAAAAGAAGCUACACUGGAUAGGACCAUUCUAAAAGCCAAGCUUCAAUGCGCAAGUUUUUUUUUUCAUUUUUUAAAAAUGAUUUUUUUUUUAAAGGCAAACACAUAAAACUGUUUUUACAGCAAAUAACUAUACCUUAAAAGGAAUAUCUAUGUAAUUAUUUGCGUAGUCAAGUCACUGGAUCCAAUAAACAGGUAAUGACAAAUCAGGCAGCGGUUCAAUAAAUAAAGUUUUUUCAAAUUUUCCGUUUCCUUCACUUUUGACUGUCGAGACAUAAACACAUUUCAGCUGGACACUAGAAUGGAAGGAGACAAGGCUGCCAUCUGCC